GUCACAUUUUGUCCACCAAUGAGAAUGCCCCCAUAUUUCCUCCAUUUGUUUUGCUUCCUUUUGCGAGUUACCCUUGUCCAGCCCUCUUCUUCAUAUCUUUCCGAAUGGAUAUCUUUGGCUUCUUUUUCUUGUAUUUCUCCAACUGUUUGCUGCUGUCCUUUCACCUUGUCUUGCAGGGUACCGGUUACCUCUUUGCCCGUCUCAUUUUGUGUCACAUUAUUUUUCCUCUGUUGUGUUUGCAGUGCUGGUAUGUACCCGAUUUUAGUUACUUCCGAUGUGGCUUGGUCUUGUACUUGACAUCCAUUUCUUUGCAUUUUCCAAUCUGUUUCAUUAUCAUUUUUCCAUGCCUCAAGAUUCUUGAUUCUUGUGGCAUACCUGCCCAGUUCGUCAUCUACAGCCCGGAGCGCGUCAUGUAGAUCAGAGGCGAGUGCUUCUCCAAAUUCAGUUGCUUUCUUUUGCAGAGCAACUUCUACAGCUUCGGCUACCAUCAGCUUUAAUUCAUUUCGUGUGAGGCAGAUGACUUCUUCGCUUUGGGUCGAUACAUUGACUGUUCUCUUCGGUCCGGGAUUAGGCUCCACCCCUCCUAUAAUAAGGAGAGUUAGAACCAGUGCGAGGCCCAAGGCCAGUUCAUCGUUCGAGGAACUUUGGGCCUUCUCUUGGGGUGAACGUUUGCAUCGCAUGCUGAAUAAACCGAUCCGAACUCGGUAGCUUUGUGGGUCAAUCAUUUUGUAGAUGCUUGGGUAAAAGGACCUCACGUGAAACCCAACGAAAAUUCAAGCGCACUUUCAGAAAUCUUGAGGUUGGCUCGAUUCUUAAAAAUUGCGAAAAGUUACAUUUUUACAUGAUUUUAUGGAUGAAAUUACGUUCAGGUAACAAAUUAUUUCCGUAACCUUUUAAUACCAACUUAUUCCUCGCACCUUUAAGAAUGUAUCCAUGCAAAUCUUACAAUGUAAAUCGUUAGCACAACGCAGAAUCAAUUAAAAACAUCGGAGCACUCAAAACUACAUCCGAUGAUUUUAAGAACCGAUGCUGGCCAGAUUCAAACGAAAUUCAAUGACGAACUGGACAAUAUAAGCCCAUUUUACGACAGCCAACAAUGAAUACAUGUCUCAUUGUGAAUUUGAAAGCACAGGAGCAGUGCAAUCGACAUUGUACAUAUAAGAAAGAUGGAAGAACUAGCACAUAGUAAUCAGAGUGAAGACUCGCCAUCACAAUGAAGUCCAAGUUCACCACCGUCGAUAUCAUUGCAAUGGUAGCCGAGCUAAAUGAACGGCUGGCCGGUAUGCGCGUGGUACAGGUGUACGACACCGACCACAAGACGUACCUGUUCAAGCUGCAGCGGCCCGAGCAGAAGGCGGUGCUGCUGCUCGAGUCUGGCGCUCGCAUUCACGCCACAGAGUACGAGUGGCCCAAGAACCCGGCGCCGUCCGGAUUCUCGAUGAAGCUGAGGAAGCACAUCCGCAACAAGCGUCUGGAGUCGAUCCGCCAGCUGGGGGUGGACCGGGUGGUGGACCUGCAGUUCGGCUCGGGAGAGGUGGCCCACCACGUCAUCCUCGAGCUGUACGACAGGGGCAACCUGGUGCUGACAGACCACCAGUACACGAUCCUCAAUAUCCUGCGGCCGCGCACCGAUGCCGAGAGCGUCAGGUUCGCCUCAAAGGAGAACUACCCGCUGGACAAGGCGCGUCUGUACGAGACCCGCUCGGAGCAGCAGCUGCGGGAGGUACUGUCCGUUGCCAAGGAGGGGGACGUGCUCAAAAAGAUCAUCAACCCUCAUCUGGACUUUGGCGCCGCGCUGAUCGAACAUCUCCUGCUGGAAGCGGGUUUUCCGGCGCAGGCGCGGCUCGGACACGAGUUCCAUAUUGAGGAGGACAUGCAUCGACUGGUGGGAGCCAUCCGCGCCGGGGAGGCGGUCCUCAGAAACGAACAGCAAGACUUCAAGGGUAUCGUCACCUACCGCGUGGAACGGCGCUCGGCCGGCGGUCAGAAGGGCGGCCAGAAGGGCGGCUCCGGCGCCGGCGGAGACACGGAGAUGGUCACCUACCAGGAGUUCCACCCGCUGCUGUACGCGCAACACGCCGACCAGCCCCACCACACCUUCCUCAGCUUCACGGCGGCGGUCGAUGAGUUCUUCAGCAAGCUGGAGAGCCAGAAACUCGACAUGAAGGCAGUUCAGCAGGAGCGGGAGGCACUGAAGAAGCUGGAUAACGUGCGCCGCGACCACCAGCGGCGGCUGGAGGCACUCGAGCUUGCCCAGCGCGACGACAGAUGGCGCGCAGAGCUCAUCACCAGCAAUGCACAGCUAGUGGACGGCGCGGCACUGGUGGUGCGCUCCGCCCUGGCCAAUCAGAUUGACUGGCGCGAAAUUGGUCGGAUCGUACAGGAGGCGCAGAAGCGCGGGGACCCCGUGGCGCGCUCCAUCAAGGCCCUGAAGCUGGAGACGAACCACAUCACCAUGCUUCUGCACGACCCGUACCAGGAGGAGUCCGACGAGGACGAUGAGGACGGCAGUGAGGACGGCCGGGAGGACGCGGCUCCUCCGGCCGAGAAGGCCGACCAGUCGUCCCACAUCCGACCGAUGCUGGUCGACAUAGACCUGGACCUGUCGGCGCUGGCCAACGCCACCAGGUACUUUGGCCAGAAGCGGACAGCGGCCAAGAAGCAGCAGAAGACCAUUGAGUCUUCGUUCAAGGCCAUGAAGUCUGCGGAGCAGAAGACCAAGCAGACCCUGAAGGAGGCGGCCACCAUCGCCAGCAUCAACAAGGCGCGUCGCGUGCACUGGUUCGAGAGGUUCCUCUGGUUCAUAUCGUCGGAAAACUACCUUGUGCUGGGAGGACGGGAUCAGCAGCAGAACGAGAUCCUGGUACGACGCUACCUGAAGCCGGGCGACAUUUACGUGCACGGUGACCUGCACGGUGCAGCCUCGCUCGUGGUGAAAAACCCCACCGGCGCAGAGGUACCGCCGAAAACACUGAACGAGGCCGGAUCGUUCGCUGUCUGUAACAGCUCGGCCUGGGACGCUAAGAUCGUCACCUCCGCCUGGUGGGUGCACGCCCACCAGGUGUCCAAGACGGCGCCGACUGGCGAGUACUUAACCACCGGUAGCUUCAUGGUGCGCGGCAAGAAGAACUACCUGCCGCCCUGUCAGCUUACGCUCGGAUUUGCAGUGCUGUUCAAACUGGAGGAGAGCUCGAUAGAGAGGCACCGCGGGGAGCGGCGGGUGAGGACGGUAGACGCGGAGGACGGUCCUCGACCCACACCAGCCGCCGAGGAGCCGUCCUCACCAGUCGGGGACGAGGAUGGAGCGCGGGAGGACGGAGCGGCGUCCUCACAGGACGGAGAGGAUGAGAAGGAGGACGCCGGGGAGAAGGAUUCUGAGGAUGAGAAGGAAGAGAAGAAGGACGAUUCUGAAGAGGAGGAAAAGGAAGAGACGACGGGCUCAAAGGAGGAAGAGAAGGAUUCGGGGGAUGAAGAUGACAAGGGAGAGAGUGAGGAAGACAAUGAGUUCCCUGACACGAACGUGGAAGUGAAGCAUCUCAAAGGCAGCAAAUUCACGGUGGAGGUAACCUCCCCCACCGACUCCCGCCCUGCCGACAACCCGUUCCCGAAGCUGCCCGGGCCCAAACCGGCCGCCGCACGGCGCGGCGGCAAGAAGCCGACCGGCCCGCCACCUGUCGGCAAGGAGAAGAAGCAGAACUGCGCGCCGCCGCCGCAGCCGCGCGGCAAGCGCUCCAAGAUGAAGCGCGCCAAGGAGAAGUACAAGGACCAGGAUGAUGAGGAAAGGGAGGCUCGAAUGGCGAUCCUUCAGUCGGCCGGCCGGUCCCAGGCGGUAGUGGCCGAGGAGAAGCGCCAGCAAGAGCAGCAGGAGCGUCAGCAGCGUCAGCAGGAACAGCAGGAGCGCCGCCGGCAGCAGCAGAAAGCGCGACAGGAGGCAGCAGACGACGAGGGCGAUGACGACGAGGUGACCGUGCCACAAGACUGUCAGAUUCUGGAGGAGCUAACCGGCCUUCCUGUGGAAGAGGACGAACUCCUGUACGCCGUACCUGUCUGUGCGCCGUGGUCCACCGUUCUUGGAUACAAGUUCAAAGUCAAGCUGACUCCCAGUGCAGGGAAGAAGGGCAAGGCGGCCAAGACGGCCGUCCAGUCGUUCCUCACGGACAAAGCCGCCACGCCGCGCGAGCGGGACCUGAUCAAAUCGGUGCGACUAGAAGACGUCACCCGUAACUUCCCCGGCCGUGUGAAGGUCGUCCUGCCGCAGGCGGCAAGGGCCAAGAAGAAGUAGACACCUUGCUCCAAUAGGAGCACGGUGAAGGUGUUAUCUUGUCGCCGAUUGGCUGUCGUGAUGCGCCGGUCGUUCUGACUGGGCCGAUGGGCGGCCACUUGUUGAGGCUUUCCGGGAAUGUGAUGAUGGACGUUUGUUAUAGCUUAUGUGGGGACUUCGGGGGUGGUUGUGAGGGUGUUGUUUGGGCCUGAUACCGGUCGGGCUAGUCCAAUGUCAUGGCGCAUCAAUUAGUGUGGGUACUGGCCUUUGGGUACAACGUGUCCUGUUUACCAUAGUGAUUUACCGCUAUUUUCAAUGUGACGAGACAUAGUCGGUGCUCACUGGCAAAUACAACAAUUUUGAUAUCCA